AUGCAAUUGGCUGUCCGUUGGCAACGUCAGAUGAACAUCCAAGGCAGUUUCUUUGUAUGCCAGAAGAAGCCCAGCAGAUGGUUCUUUAACCUGAGGCACACCUUGCAGUUUGGCAUUGGAUUACACCAUGUCGGUCUGAAUGACAAAGAUAGAUCUAUGGUUGAGGAACUUUUUGCAAACAACAAGAUUCAGGCAUUUCUGUUUUACCUCAGGAACAGAAUAUUAUGA